AUGGGAAAUGAGACUGAUCGUAUUUCACUUUUGGAGUUCAAAAGCAAGAUAGCCACGGAUCGGUAUGGAAUCUUAAGCUCAUGGAACGAUUCUGUCAACUUCUGCAAAUGGCAUGGGAUUACUUGUAGCUCAAAACACCAUAGAGUUGCGUCUCUAAAACUGCAAGGGAUGAGCUUAUCAGGCACCAUAUCUCCAUAUAUAGGGAACCUCACCUUCUUAAGGUUCCUCAACCUUGCUGACAACAGAUUUUAUGGGGAAAUCCCCCAAGAAGUUGGCCGUCUGUUUCGUCUAAGACUUCUUAACCUGUCGGACAACACAUUGAGAGGAGAAAUUCCAAUCAACAUCAGCUUUUGUUCAGAGCUCAGGAUUAUGAGUUUGGCCUUUAAUAGCUUAGUGGGGAAAAUUCCUGCGGAGCUAGGCUCUUUAAAGAAGCUUGUUACACUUUUCCUCAGUUCAAACAACCUCACUGGAAAGAUCCCACAUUCUAAUCAAUUGCAAGGGAAGCUCCCAGCAAAUAUAGGGCUUACUCUUCCUAACCUGCAAAUUUUUGAAAUCGGCAUGAACCAAUUCCAUGGCAGUAUUCCAGUUUCGUGGACGAAUGCUUCUGUGCAACUUGAAAUAUUUGACAUUUAUGCCAACAGUUUCACAGGACAAGUACCAAGAAAGGGAGUAAAGAAUCCAGCAUCCAAUCGUUUUAUUUUGGAAAAGCUCCUUCGAAUUUCAUACAAAGAGCUUCUCCAAGCAACUCAGGGAUUCUCUUCAGACAAUUUGAUUGGACAAGGUAGUUUUGGCUCUGUAUAUAGAGGAAGUCUUGAUCUCCAAGGUGAAAGGAUAGUUGCUGUGAAAGUACUCGACCUUCAACAACAAGGAGCUUCCAAGAGCUUCAUUGCUGAGUGCAGAGCAUUGCGACACAUCAGACAUCGAAAUCUAGUGAAGAUUUUGACAUAUUGCUCUAGCAUUGAUUUUAAAGGCAACGACUUCAAAGCUCUGGUUCUUGAUUUUAUGGCGAAUGGAAGUUUGGAAAUGUGGUUGCAUCCGAAAGAAGAUGGUAUUAGUCAGUCAAGGAAUUUAAACUUUCUUCAAAGGCUUCAUGUUGCCAUUGAUUUGUCAUCUGCAAUGCAUUACCUUCAUGACCUUUGUGAAACACCAAUCAUUCACUGCGACCUAAAGCCAAACAAUAUUCUGCUCGACAGUGACAUGACUGCUCAUGUUGGUGAUUUCGGAUUAGCAAGGCUCCUUUCCAAAACCGCAGAUAAUUCUUCUCAAGGCCAAACGAGCUCCAUUGGGAUAAAGGGAACAAUCGGCUAUAUGCCUCCAGAAUAUGGAAUAGGUAGCGAGGCAACAACAUAUGGGGAUGUGUAUAGCUUUGGAAUAAUUUUGUUGGAGAUUUUUACAGGACGGAGACCAACUGAUGAAGUGUUCACAGAUGGUUUGAAUCUCCACAACUUUGUUAGCUCUAAGCUACCAGGGCAAGUGAUGCAACUUCUGGAUUCCAAGCUUAUUGCAACAGGAGACGUUAGAGCAGAAGAAAUUGUUGAAGACAACGAAAGUGAUGAUGGUCAAAAUGAAAUCCAAGAAAAUAAUGUCAAUAUUGAAAAUUUGAAAUUACAGGGAAGCAAUGUGCAAAAAUGUGUUGUAUCAGUCCUCAAAAUAGGACUAGCAUGCUCAGCAGAACUACCAGGAGAUCGAAUGAAUAUGAGCGAUGUCACGAGAAAACUUAACAUAAUCACAGAGGCUUUUGCUCGUGCGAGGACUCGUUAAGAUCAACGAAUUAUAAACCAC